AUGUUGGCCAAGAUACGACGCGCGGCGAUACUAAGGGCCGUUCGAAACCGAAACAUUCUGAACAUCAUGGUGUCGGUGGAAACGCUUGUGCAAGAGCAGCUCGACGAGGCCAAGUUCUUCGUCAAGAACGUGAUUGCUUUGCGAGAUUUCAAGACCCAGCGGGCUGCCCGAAUCAUCCAGGGCGGCUUUCGUCACCGGGCUGAGGUCACCAGACGGUCGGUUGCCAUGAUCGUCCGCGCCACGCGCCGCUGGCUCAUGAGGGGAAGCCUGCGUCGUGCGCGCAUCAGGCGCGGCAUUCGGCGUUAUCGCGGGAGUCUGUCGCGACGAAACCUGGGGCUACAAGAGACCAGCCCUUUCGCCCUCACGGUGGCGAGGGAGUUUCCUAGAGAGGGCCGUUGGUGGGACUCCGGCCCUUCCGUGGCGCCGCGGCCGAAGUGGGGUACCCUGCGGGUGAGGAACGAGGAGGCGCGGUCGCGGCAGCGAGCGCUCAGCCUCGCAGAUCUGAUCAUAACCGGGCAGCAGAAAAGCGAUGAUGAUGGUGGCGGUGGGCGUGCGGGCAACGCGCGGGUAACUAUGUCUCCUUUGGAGGGCGGCAGCGGCGGCGUUAGUGGGACAUCUCCGACGUGGAAAGCGAAGGGGCGGGGGUCCGGUAGCAGCAGCAAGGGUAACGCGAUCGGGAUCGAAGCUACCGGCGGCGGAAGGAGGAACAAACAUUAUGACUCUAUAAGGACAGAGGCAGGGGGCACGGCAGCGGCGAUAGGCAUAGGGUUCAGCAAGGGGGCUGCUAUCCGGAGAGCGGCGUCGAUGGUAGACCCGAGGGAGGCCGAGAAGGCCGCCCUCAUGGACGAGAUCGGGAGGAGACACGCCAGGAGGACUGCCGUCGCCCCGUCCUUCAACACGCUUAGCAUCGCGGAGAAGCACCAGCUCAGAGAAAGGGAGUUUCAGGAGCAGAGGGAGAAGCGGAGGGCCGCCGUGGAGAGGGAAGCCCGCAGAAAAGUAAGCCUAUCGAUGGAUUCAGAGUAA